AGAGGCGGGGAUUUUGACGCCAGCGCCGGUCAGUGAACGCACAUGCGCAGUGUCGUCACUUCCUUUUUAACCUCGCUCUCAUCAGCAUGGCGGCGAAAAGACCAUCUGUAGGGAAGAAGAGCCGAAAAGGAGCCGCGUGGAAGUUCACGUUGGACUGCACCCACCCUGUGGAGGACGGCAUCCUCGACUCGGCCAACUUCGAGACGUUCCUCAGAGAGAAGGUAAAGGUUAAUGGCAAAACCGGGAACCUGGGGAACGUGGUGCAGAUCGCUCGGCUGAGGAACAAGAUCAGCGUCUCAUCAGAGAAACACUUCUCUAAGAGGUAUCUGAAAUACCUCACGAAGAAAUACCUGAAGAAGAAUAACCUGCGAGACUGGCUGCGUGUCGUGGCGUCUGAUAAAGAGACAUACGAGCUCCGAUACUUCCAGAUCAGUCAGGACGACGACGAGUCCGAGACGGACGAGUGAAGCAAUAGAAUGGAGAGGAGGAUGAAGAUGAUGAUGAAGAUGAUGAUGAUGAUGAUAAUAAAGAGAUGAUUUACACUCAA